GAUCAUCGUCAGGAUGGUUUGCUGUAUUGCAGGAUGACUUGAUGAAUGGUCCGCAACGAGUGCUACCAAAGCUGCCUGACAUCCUCCCAAACUUUCUCACAGCUGACUCAGAGGGCACCACCGACACAGACCGAGCCGAAAGUUUGCCGCAGCCCGAGCAGCCCGGCUCGCAGCCCGUCGAAGUCACCAAGUACAUCAGCGACAGACAUGAGAAAGGUCGCUGUGACCCAUGCGUGUUCUUCACCAGCGUUGGUUGUUCGAAGGGAGUGGGCUGCCCCUACUGCCACUUUCCUCAUGGCGAAGUGAAGUCGACGCAUCGACCACGGAAACAAACACGCGACAAGUACAAGGCGGACCUACAAGACCUCCUGCUACAGCAUGAUGGAAGGCUAGAAGAGAUCCACGCGGAACUCCAAGCAGAAGCACGAAAGAAUCCCUACGUUCGGAAGUUGCUUCAAGGAUACCUUGAUGGACGAGAGCAGGACGAGGGCAUGGUGGUGCCGCGGCCGUUGCCGAGCGCCGCAGUGCCCGGACCCGGACCCGGACCCGUUGGACCUGUCGGCCCUGUUGGACCUAUGGGCAUCAGAACCGUAACUGUAGGACCUUUGUCCACUGGACCAGAUGUUGGUCCAAUCUUCCAACAACGGUGGAUUCCCCCUCCACCGCCAGCAGCCCCACGCCUUCCAUCUGGCUUCGUCCCGAACCACGGCUCUGUGGCACCUCCAAUACCAUCAUCAUCCAGCGCUCUUGGACUACUUGUAAAUCUCGGUGUCUGAUGAACUGAAGCAUCGCUGUCUUUCGAUGAUACUCGAUGCUUUGAAGCGGGGUAGCACUGGCUGUUUUGGGUGUCAGCUCCUGUGAACAGUAAUGCU